AUGAAAGCAUCAUGUAAUAAAGAAAAUAUAUUGCCUAAAUAAUAUAAGAUUCCCUCUUCACAAAACCUUCUAUAAACAAACCAAAAUAACAAUAGCAAAGGAAGUUAUAGAUAAAACACAACACGUAAUAAAUAUGUAUGAUAUUAGCUUCAAAACUUAAGAGCUAUAAUAAUUAAUUCGAAGUGAAAAUUUCAAAAAGAUCAAUUUCUUUCAUUGAAGAUAAUUUAUAAAAACAAAAUAAAGAACAAACUAUAGUGUGUUAGAUAAACAAUGAAAAGGAUUAGAAUCAAUCAGAUAGUGAAUUAUCAUAGGAUUCAUUUAAUAUUUGGUAAGAUGAAUGUAAAUAUGAGGAUUUAUUUGAUUUAUUUUAAUUUAGAUUCAAUAAUUCUUAUAAAACAACAGAUCAAUUAUAAAACAAUGCUUUACAUUUAAUAAAAAGCUAUAAAAAGCUUUUUGGAUAUAGCAUUUUUAAAACUAAUAUAGGAAAAAAUCCAUUUUAUCAUAUGCCAAGAAGAAUGAAUUCAUUAAAAUACUUUAAUGAAUAAAAGUAGAAUACAAGAUAUUCAAAAGUAUCUGCAAAAUUCAAAUUGUAAGAAAACAAAUUACCAUUUGGAAAGAAUUCCUACUUAAAUAAUUAAAUUACAAUUUAUAAUAUUAAGGAGAAAAAAUGA